AUGCCUGCUUUUCCAUUCCAAGCCGGCGCCAUGCCCGCCGUGGGAAGCGACGACGCGCAACCGAGCCAGGGUGAACGAGGAUACAGACGAAGGAAGCUGGCAGAAAUGGCCGGGAGUCUGUAUCGCACAGGCCAGCAGGCCGUCACCGACAUGCGCGAGACAUAUGUCCAAACACGAACCCGAAUGGCAGACACCGAGACGGACAACCGCGGCCACACUCACAUCCCCGGAGCCUUCCCUGACGCCGCCAUUACAGUACAGGGCGACGAGCACCUGGUCCUGUUCCCUUCCUAUGCCAAACGCCAUGCCAAGCGCAACUGGUCCAACGUCCAGGCCCAGAGCCAAACACAGGAGCAAGAUGGCCCCGUGCGCGACGAGGAAUAUUGGCGGCAGGAGUUUGAGAAACACGAGGACGAGCGUGCCAUUGCCGAUGUCGAUGUUAGAGGCUGGAUAUACAACCCUCACAGCGGUCCCAUAGGCAGACGAAACCGCAUCCUCAUUGGUCUCGCGCGUCAACUCAGUGGCAUCUCGGCUCCCCGAGCUGAAGCGAACAUGGCAGAUCCCACCGCCGCCUCGGACGUGCCGCCAAGCCACCAUCAAGUUCAUGAAGAGCAGAAGGAGCAGGAAAAGAUUGACCAGGAAGCCGCCAAUAUCGAACGAAAGGGCCGCCAGGAGAAGCAAAUUGCCGGCGUCGGAGGCUAUAGCGAAGAGCCCUCUGGCGGUAGUGCCCACGUUUCCGAAUCAUUUUAUUCACGACGAUCCCGCCGGCGAGGUAGCCAAACACCAGAGUCUGCGCCGGCGAGUCCGCUUUUUGGCGCCAGGCAGUCCAACGUCAAUGAGCUGUCCGAGGCCGAGCUCACCCUAGCGAAUGCGAAUCUCAUGGCCCGCAUUGCCCCCUUCAUGACCACUCCCCUCAUUGGUCUUCCCGUGACAAUCUUCUUUUACAACAAUUCUCAGUCACAGUCGCGGACUGUUCUCACCGACGAUGCUGGUCACUUCAACAUCCGAGCAGCACUGGACUUUGUCCCUACUCAUGUCCGCGUUCUUGGCAACGAGGACCUGUCUGCUACCCAGGAAGUCAUCAUCACCGAACCACGAGGUGUAAGUCUCAUCAGCGACAUUGACGACACCGUCAAAAAGUCCAACAUUUCCAGCGGCGCGCGCGAAAUCUUUCGCAACACGUUUAUCCGCGAGCUCCGCGACCUGACCGUGGAGGGUGUACAAGAAUGGUACACGGACAUGCACAAGCAAGGUGUCAAGUUUCACUACUGCUCCAAUAGUCCUUGGCAGCUGUUCCCAGUUCUCGCAAGCUUCUUCAAACUCGGCGGUCUGCCGCCCGGCUCUCUCCACCUCAAGCAGUACUCGGGCAUGCUGCAGGGCAUCUUUGAGCCGGUGGCCGAACGUAAGAAGGGUACUCUGACGAGACUCCUUGGCGAUUUUCCGGAACGCAAGUUCCUGCUGGUGGGAGAUAGCGGGGAGGCGGACCUGGAGGUGUACACGGACCUGGCCAUUGCCAACCCAGGGCGCAUCCUGGCCGUCUUCAUCCGCGAUGUCACUACAACAGAGCGUCCAGGCUAUUUUGACUCGGCCUAUGAUCUCACCAGGAAGAGGUUUGGCAGCCUGGCAGUGGAUGAUGGUCGGUCAACAGUCGAUCCCAACAAGAACCCUCGUCAACAUUCUACGCCGGUGGUCUCUCCCAUGGAAGAAAAGGCCCCAGUGGGCCCUGUUAUGGGCACUUUGAUCGACUUUGCAGAAGAACCGGAAGAGGCGACGCUAGAUGAAACUGCGGCUCUUGCUCAGGCUCCGCCGCCGCGUCCUGCCAAGCCGGCAGCGCUGCGAGGUGCCGCAUCGACCAUGAGCAAUACAAACGCGGGGUUGGGUGGCAGGAGUGAUGGCGACGUCCCUCCGCCCAAGCCGCCGCGGAUCAAAACCACGGAACCUUCGUUUGUGGCGCCGAAUCUCUCGCGACGGUCGUCCUCCAAGACGGCCAGCGAGAUGGGGGAGGGCACAAUGCCUUCGUCGCCCGACAUUGCGCCGCCGCUUCCCCGGCGUAGUCUGCGCAACCUGAGCCCGCGCCUAUUCGGCCAUAACCGGGGCCUCUCGUUGAACUCGGACGUGGACUUUGAGCCCCUGCCGCCGGCCGCGAACCCGGUGCCGCCCACCGCACCAGCAGGUCUCUCGUACUACCGGUCAGGCUCGCGCUCAGGCGUCGCGACGCCGUCAGGCUCGCCCACGAUUGGCGCGCAGGGCGUCAACAGGAAGCAGGACAUGUGGCGGCGGCGUGUGGCGAGGGCGCACGAGCAACUCGACCAGUUGGGCGUCGUGCUGUAUACCUGGCGCAAGGGCCAGGACGUGUCGGCGGAAGCGACAGCGAUUAUACACCGCGCGUUUGAUGAUUUGCAUAAAUAG